AUGCCAGGUGACUUGAACUUAAAAAAAUCCUGGAACCCAGCUCUUGUUAAAAACCAGAAGAAAGUAUGGGAGAGAGAACAAGAAGCUUUAAAGGAGUACCAGUCCAUCAAACAAAGAAGUAAGGAAAUAGCCCAAGAAAGAGAAAAGGAAGAGCUCAUCAGACUACAGUAUGGCAAUGAUACGAAGAACUUGCCAACCAAACAAAAGUUGGAGCUCAAUAAACUCAGUUGGAUGUAUGAGGACGUUGGGAACACCAAGGAGCCUAAGGUGAACGAGGCCGGGUUUCGUGAAGUUGAAGAAGACUUUCUCAAGGAUAAAGAUGAAGUUGAACGAUUACUCAAGGGAAGUGGCGCCAUGAAGAAAAAACCAGUCUCUCGUUUUGAUCAAGUGACGAAAGUUGGUAGUACUCAAAAGGUAUCAUCUUUAGAUGACGACCCAUUAUUAAAGAUACAGAGAGAGCAAUUACGAAAGCGAGUCGAUCAUAGAGAAAGAGAGAAACCGACUCAAGGAAGCCGCAAAAGAGAACGUUCUCCGUCAGCAGAUGACAGAAAAGACGGAUCGCGGUCGAGAAGAAACCACAAAGAGAAGUCAGAAAGUGGUAAAGCGCGUCAUAGUUCCACCAGACAUUCAUCACGAGAAGACAGGAAAGACUCAAGUGCAAGCAAACAUCCAGAUUCUCAUUCGCAUCGUCACAGAUCUUCAACACAUAGAUCCUCAUCACACAUCUCAUCAAAAAGGUCCCUGCUGCACAGACAAUCGUCAGACAUAUCAUCUCACGGAUCAUCGCGUAGAGGGCAUUCCGAAGCGAGCAAACCUACUUUGAACUACAUAGAGCUGAGUUCCAAGAGUACGUCAGUGCCAAAUUACUAA